AUGAAGAUCGGCAGAGACAAAACAGCUAAGGAGGAAAACCAGUCAAUAUUCCUCAAAAUUAAAGGCGAUAAACUACAAUGUGAGCGUGACUACUGUGCCAGACCGGAGAUGAAGGUGAUUUAUGUCAAACUAUUUCUUCGCAAUGGACAUGGACAUUUCCGUGUACAGAAAUGGAACGAUUUCCGUCGUCCAAAAGCUUUGAAACCGUUUUCACCCACCAAAACAGUCUCCCCAAAACCCGCCUCCUCCAAACCUGCCCCCUCCGAUUCAGCCUCCACCGUCCCCUGGAAAUACUUAGAAAAGUUUUCCACCCUCAGUUCUUCUAUUGAGGGUGGAAACAAAAUUCGUAGAAAUGGCCUCAAUGAGACCAUUUCUAAGUGCUUAAAAGAUAUGGUGUCUGGUAGAGACGAUGAGUUAGUUUCUGCCAUUUUGUCUCUGAAGGAGGAGAUUCGUCUGAUGCGGUAUGACAUCUCUUCUGCUAAAUCUUCUUCUGUUGGUGGACCUCCACCCCUAAUAAAGGGGAAGGAGGGGAAUGGGGUGGGUAAGAAACCGGAGGAGCGGCCGAAGAAUGGGAGUGGGAAUGGGGUGAGCAAGAAGGAGGAGGCUGACGGACCUGAUGAUGAGAAUGGUGGAGAUGACAAUGGUGGAAAUGAGAAUGGUGGUACCAGUCUCUUGGCGGUGGCGUUGAAAAUAGCCCGUCAGAUCUUCGGCAAUGGAGAAUAG